UUUGACCACGUAAAUAGGAAUGGCGGCCGGCUGGCCGCAGUGCCAGAGCCAGAGUUUAGAGCAGGCCCGCAGUGAACGGUAGUCAUGGUUCCAGCUCCCCGCAGUCUGCGUCGCGCUCCUCUCCUCCUAAUGAUGCUGUCCUCAGUGCUGUCCCGAGGUUUCUGUCAGGUUGUUACUGAGGCCAAUCUUAAGUCUUACCCCACCUUUGCUUCGUUUAUCCGGACUUUUACAGCCUCAACUCCGACAUCCGGAGCAGAAGACGCAGCUUCAGUGGUGACCCACGCACAGCUGAAGACCAUGUUGUCCAACCGCGACAUUCAGCUUUUUGAUGUGAGAACCCCAGAAGAAUACCAGGCUGGCCGCAUUCCUCAGGCUGUCAACAUCCCACUGGACACGCUGGAGGAGUCACUCAAGCUCAGCCCGGAUGACUUUGAGCAAAAGUUUCAAACAAAGGCUCCUGGAAAAAGUGAUGACAACAUCGUGUUUCAUUGCAAAAGUGGAAACAGGAGCAGCAAAGCACUGAGCAUUGCUCGUCAGCUGGGAUUUUACCGGGCAAGACAUUACAAAGGAGGGUACACUGAGUGGGUCGAGCAAGAAGAAAAAUGAAUCCAUGCCAUACAUGCAAAAUAAAGACCUGCAUAUUACAAACUGAUAAA